GGACUAACAGGUUACGUGGUUUAAACGUCUGACAAUCUGGCCUUCUACUUACGACCUUUCAAGCUGAUCCAACAGUUUAGAUCAUUUCUUGCAUCUCAUUCCGACAGAGUGUGAGGUGCGAAGCGGCCCUUAGUAGCGCACCUUAUACUCCUCAUAUAGUCUCUCAAACUCUCGCGUCAUCCUGUCUACCGAUAUCCUAGCAAGACACACUGCGAAUGCCAGGCACUCCAAACGUUCUGGACUUGGUACACAGGUCCUGUUCCGAAGUUGCGGCCCUGCACUCGGAGCACGUUCAGAUCGAUGAGGCUGCAGUGGCGCGUGUGGCCGGCGAACUGCGGCAGGCAGCUGCGGACGUGCGGGGGGCGGUGCGGGGCCUGCCGCUGCCCAUCAAGUUCACCAGCCUAGAACAAGAGCUCACUCUGCUAGCGCUGUACCACUUAUUGGAUUUCGGAUCCGGGUACGACAGCCUCUUGAAGCGGCAGUCGGGGGGUCGGGAUGCGCGGGAGACGCUGCUGUACGGCAUCCUGGGUCUGCACCUGGGGGGCGCGCGACUGGACUGCCACAAACUCAAGUCCUUCUCCAUGUACGACAUCACCCAGGUGUUUGGCAUCGAGGCCAGCCAGGAGGUGCCGGUGAUGCCGGGGGUCACCAUGGCCAAGCCGGGUCCCCUGCAGCCGCUGUGCAAGCUGCUGCUGGCCUCGCUCAACGAGAC